AUGUUACUUGGCGUUAUAUAUUACGGCGUUUUACGCGAUGAAACGGUCGGCGGCAUGGGUCAGGACCUUGUUGGUGAGCUUGUCGUAUGCGUGGAUGUCCAUGGGCGUUACGAUGCUUUUGUGAGGCAUGCACAUGAUGGGCAUGUAGACUGCGAACUUGUAGGGCGUAAGUUCCCACAGUGCCGUAAGCAGAACCUCCUGGUAGAGCAGGUCGGUCUUGCUGAGCAGCCUUUCCACCAGCUUGUCGGAGGCCUUGACUACAAGGUCUGA